GCCGCCUGGUUCUGCCGGGGUCCAGCGCGGCCAGAAAUAUUGCCACAAUCUAUCUCGACAUCUCAGACAGCAGUUGUCAGUUACAUUGUGAUCAUUUCUUACAGAAAUCCUCGGCAGGCAUCUUGCAAGAUGACUUCAGCAGACUCUAAUAAUGCUGAAUGUUUGGUGGUGGUCAAUAAUUCGACCUCGUGUGACAUGAAGAACAAUAAGUAUUCUCCUAUUGUUUUAGAAGAACAAGAAAAGGAACCAUUAAAUGUGAAGAAGUUUGCAGCAAAAAGGCUGAAGAAGUAUUUCUCUUGCACCCGAGCAAAAACAAAAGACUUCUUUUUUGAAUUAUUUCCUAUAGUAAGGUGGCUCCCAAAAUAUAAAUGGAAGAAAUGGAUUCUGGGCGAUAUCAUGUCUGGGCUGAUUGUAGGUAUUUUGCUGGUUCCUCAGUCAAUAGCUUAUUCAUUGCUUGCUGGGCAGGAACCAGUAUAUGGGCUUUAUACCUCGUUCUUUGCCUGCAUCAUCUACUUUCUGAUGGGAACAUCAAGACACAUCUCAGUUGGUAUCUUUGGUGUGCUGUGCUUAAUGAUUGGCGAGGUAGUGGAAAGAGAGCUGCAGAUUGCUGGUUAUGACCUCUUCAAUGACUCUAAUAGCACUGAUCUAUUCAACUAUUCAGUGAAUAUUUGUGACAGAAGCUGUUUUGCCAUUCGUGUUGGCUCAACUUUGACCUUCAUGGCAGGAGUGUACCAGGUGGCCAUGGGCAUCUUCCAAGUCGGAUUCAUAUCAGUGUAUCUGUCUGAUUCCUUGCUCAGUGGAUUUGCUACCGGAGCCUCAUUCACCAUUAUCACCUCACAAAUUAAGUACCUCCUUGGGAUCCGUAUUCCUCGUGCCAAUGCUCCUGGUGCACUUGUGAAAACUUGGGUAUCUGUUUUUAAAAAUAUCCAUGAGACUAAUAUCUGUGAUCUUGUAACCAGCAUAUUGUGUCUUCUGGUUUUGGUGCCGAUGAAAGAGAUAAACGAAUGCUAUAAAUCAAAGUUAAAAGCACCAAUUCCUGGUGAACUUCUGGUAGUAGUUGUUGCUACCUUGAUCUCGCAUUAUGGCCAAUUGAAUGCAAAGUUUAAUUCCACUGUUGCUGGAGACAUACCUACUGGAUUCAUGGUACCUAGCCCUCCAGACUGGAGUCUUGUACCUCGAAUUGCGAUUGAUGCCAUUCCAAUUGCUAUCAUUGGCUUUGCAAUCACUGUAACUCUGUCAGAAAUGUUUGCCAAGAAACAUGGAUACACUGUGAAAGCAAAUCAAGAAAUGUUUGCUAUUGGUGCCUGUAAUGUAAUCCCUGCCUUCUUUCAUUGCUUUACGUCAAGUGCAGCCCUGGCAAAAUCCCUUGUUAAAGAGUCCACCGGUUGCAAGACACAAUUAUCAAGUAUAAUCACUGCACUGGUACUUCUCCUUGUCCUGCUUGUGAUUGCUCCACUUUUCUACUCCCUUCAGAAAUGUGUGUUGGCCGUCAUAAUCAUUGUAAAUCUCAGGGGUGCUUUAAGAAAAUUUAUUGACUUGCCUAAAAUGUGGAAGGUGAGCAAGGUAGACACCAUCGUGUGGUUUGUUACAAUGCUAGCGACAGCCCUUGUCAGCACAGAGUUGGGACUGUUGAUUGGGGUUUGUUUCUCUGUAAUUUGUGUAAUUGCACGAACCCAGGUGCCAAGAGCCACUGUACUUGGAAAUCUGAAGGGGACAGAAAUAUAUGAAGACUUGAGGAAGUAUAAAAAUCUGCAAAAUUUACCAGGUAUCAAGAUUUUUAGAUUUGAAGCUCCAAUAUACUAUGCAAACAAGGAAUUUUUCAAGAGGUCCCUAUAUAAACAGACAGGAAUUAAUCCCACUUUGGUAAUACUAGCCAGGAAAAAAGCUGAAAAGAAAACCAAUCUGGAACUGAAACAACAACCAACAGUGCAUUCUCUUUCUGUGGCUAAGUCUGAGGUUACGCAGCGAUUGUCCUGCGAGGAGUUUGAUAUCCAUACCAUCAUCAUUGAUUGCUCGGUUAUUCAAUUCUUGGAUACUGCAGGGAUAGCUACAAUAAAGGAGGUUUUUAAAGAUUACAAGGAGAUUGGAAUCUUGGUUCUUCUCUCAAACUGUAAUGCUUCUGUUAUUGAUAGUCUCUGCAAUGUGGAGUAUUUUGAUAAAGGUUACAUCAAUGGGUUGUUUUUUUACAGCAUUCAUGAUGCUGUCAAGUUUGCUUCAAACGUACACCAAAAAAAUGGUGACCGUGAGGUAAACGCUUUAGGUUAAUGUUUACUUGUGUUCCUUUGAUUAAAAUGUAUGAAAACAGCACAACAUUAAUGGCUUGAGAAACAAUCUGAAACCAAUCUGUAUUUUAUCAGAUGAUUUUUUGUACAUUUAUAGAAUGUUUUAUAUGAGUAUUUGUACAUUUUUAAUCAUGGAUAUCUUUUUUAAAAAAUUGAAUUAAAAAUUCAGAAGAUACGUCAGCCAUGUUACUAGGAUUGUGUUCAAAUUAACCAUAAUUUGGGUGUAAUUGUCUGCUGAUGAAUGAUACUCAUGACUUUUAAACACUUAAUAUCAAAAGUUUAGUAUUUUCAGAAAUAUUUUCUUUUUAGGAUAUUGGUUUGAGUAGAUUUUAUCAAAGAUGUUUCAUCAAAAAUGCUUCACUAGAUUUUACUGAAUGGUCUUUUUGAUCAGGUACAACUGGAGAACUCAAUUUAGUAUUCUGCCUGUUAAAAUGGUGCAUUUUACUUGUGAACAGAAAACUUGGAUUAGUAAUAUUUAAGUUUUAUUAAAUCACUAAAUUCUGGAUAAUAAAUCUGAAAUUAACCAAAACUUGCCAGUAAUGAGCCAUUUACGUUGCUGGUAAUCUGCAUGGUAAGCUUGAGCCUACUUUUUGCUUUUCCACAUUUAUCAACUUGUAACUAAGUGCCUGUUCUCAUGUUCAGACUUUCUCUGACAGCUGGAUCUUGCUCAAGUAAAACCUUUGGGAUGGGGAUUUUCCCAAAAAAUACCCCCAAAAAUGUGCUGGAAAAUGCCUUUGAACAUAUAGAAAGGACCUUCGCUUAGCUGACUGACAAACCAUUUAAAACUGAGUUUAUUUCUGAGUUAUUCAAAAAAUUAUAAAAAUAAACUAGACCACCUAACUCGCUUAAUUCACAAAAAGGCCCAGAUUUUAACUGUAAAUCAUCUCUCUCCCAAACUUAAUGUGAUCCGGAGUUACUCUGACAGCACUAUGAUUUAGUAAAGUAGUCCUAUACAUGAAGUUGUUCUGAUGUGUUUUCAUAGGCAACAUUUUACAGACUUCAAAAUUAUUUUUUUUUGUUUGUAAAAGUAAUUAUUUAAAAACUAAAAAUCAACCAAAGCUGUCAAACUACUGAUAAAGCAACUGCUGUUUUCCCCAUAGCCCUAUACACUAUCGCUUUAAAUGAAGAGUCCGGCAAGGAAGUAGUUAGGAAAUAGAUGGCAAAGUUUUGCUAGUAAAUUUGAUACUGCUUGUGUGUGUGUGUGUGUGUGCGCAUGUGUGUGUUGUGCACGUGAGCUCACUUGCACGCAAGGGCAUUUAAAUUUACUAGCAGCUGCACUAAGAUAUGCUGGCAGGUUAUUGCAAUAGGAGUGGUAUUUACUGUUUUUUUUCUCCUAGGGAAAUUUAAAUUUAAAUAUGGUGGCACAACUUCAUCUAUAUCUAUCCAUUAGAAAGUGUUUUCCCUUAAUACAAACCAAUAUUUCCCUCAGUUUAAAUCAAAAAUAUCUGUUUACCCAGUCCAAUUAUUUUAGUUUCUAAUAUCUAGAUACAUUGCUCUAAUGGCUGUCUUGUAAAUUACCAACCAAUAGUGUAGAAAAUUGAAGAUUAAUCACUACAUUUUUACUUUUGGAUUUCCUGUUAUUUCCUUUGUUGAUUUUAUUAAGAUGACAAUAUUCCAGCUUCAGAAUUAGAUAGACCUCUAACUAAGGUGUUCUGAUACAGUGGCAAUACCAGCAUCCUGACAAUAUGGAUAUUUGCCCAAGUAAGACUUUUCUCACAAAAGCCAGGAUAAAUCAAAUCUAGCUAAUCAACACACUUUUGUUUCAUCAGUUUUCCUGUCAUGUCCACUGGGUUUGUGUUUUAAACAUGUAUUCUGUUGAUUUUAAAGAAAACGUAUACAGACCUACCUAACAAUGGUAAAUUGUAGUUUAGUUCUCAACUGCAGAUGGUUUUGCACUAUGCAGCUUACAUAGUAGUUAUACUGAAGGAAUAUGAAACUACAGUCGGCCCUCCUUAUCCGCAGGUUCCGCAUGUGCAGAUUCAAUCAACCGCGGAUUGGGAAAACCUGGAAGUUCUCUCUCCAGCACUUGUUUGAGCAUUGUUCGCCUCGCAUCUCGUGUACAGACUUUUUCUUGUCAUUAUUCCCUAAACAAUACAGUAUAACAACUAUUUACAUAGCAUUUACAUUGUAUUAUGUAUUAUAAGUAAUCUAAAGAUGAUUUAAAGUAGUGGUCACCAACCUUUUUAAGCUCAAGAUCCCUUAGCUCGCCCUUAGUGAAAGGCAAGAUCAACCUACUAAAUUGUUUGGAGAAAAAACAGCUCAGAUUGUACUUCCAACUUAAGGCCUUUUAUUUGGGCUAAUUGUAUUUUAAUUACAUAAAAUGCGUUUGUCAAACUUUCAAAUUAAUUCAACCAAGAAAGCACUAACUAGCAUAUCAAACAGGCCAUAGUGGCAUCGAGCUACCAAUAACGCCUUGAAUAAGUGGUGAUGAAGCGCUUUUGCUCGAAUCGAGUUUAUCAGUUUGACCACCAGUGUCAUUACAUGAGAAAAGUCCACGACCUUCCCAGCCAAGGCCUGCUGAUGAAUCACAGAGUGAUAAUCCAGGAAGUCAGGAAAAUCAGGGUCAUUACGGCACAGUGUUAUAAAACCAAUGCGCACACCGCGCAUUGCUGGGACCCCAUCAGUAGUAACUGCCACCGGUUUAUGAAUGGGGAUGUCAUUUUCACUGACUUUUUUUUAAAACGCGUUGUUUUAAAAACUCAUUAUCCUCACCUCUCGUUCUCUCCUUUAAGUGCAAAGGAAGUCCUCUUUUGUUGUAAAAUCCUGGAAAGCCAUUCUGACUAAUAUAACAAACUGAGCUGUUUGCAUUACAUCCAGGGCUUCAUCGAACUGUCAUGAAAAAUAUUCAGAGUGUCAAGUCCUUUAACACUUGUCGAUCCACGUCCUCUGAGCCUUCAAUCCCGAUUUCAGCUCCUCAACUUUCCUGGUAUUGGUAAACUGUUACUGAGACACUAGUAUGAGUUUCAGGGUUACGCAAGCUAAUGACACCACUGUUUUUGUUUCCCAUUUCUUUACAUUUGGGGAAUGUUGGAAUUUAAAGGGGGAGAAGUGUUGUAAUGUGAGCAUUAUAAAGAUAAGUUAAUACCAAUUAGGAUCAUGGUAAAGCUGUUUGUAAAGAUAGUUUGUUUCCGGGGUUGCAGGGUUUUCCUUCCAGUCUUUUCUGCCCGGUGUGCAUUAGUGAAAACCUCUAUGUGAGUAUCAUUUUACCAUCCUAGAUAAAGUUGUCCCUUUUGGGCAUGAAGUUGUCGAAUGGUCCUUUUUCAAAGUAGAAGUUACUACAAAUUUGCAUCAAAAGCUUCAUCAGGCAUAAUGAAUUUGUGUAUUUAUUUUUUGUUUUUUUUUGGGAUCUACUGGGAAAGUCUCAAAGAUCGACUGGUCGAUCAUGAUCGACUGGUUGGCGACCACUGAUUUAAAGUAUAUGGGAGGAUGCGCUUAGGUUAUAUGCAAAUACUACGCCAUUUUAUAUAAGGGACUUGAGCAUCUGCACUUUUUGGUAUCUGCAGGGAGUUCCGGAACCAAUCCCCUGCAGAUAAAGAGGGCCGACUGUACUGACAAAUGUAUUUUAAGUUUUAUUGGAAAGUAAUAGGAAUAUUUCAAUAUAUUUGAUUUGAAAGUUCGUAUGACAAUAAAAGUACUUAUUUAGAUUUAUUGUUAUGAUAAUUCACCUAUGUGGAUUCAACAUGAUAGUAUACACUCCUAGAAACUUUGUAAGGAAAAACAGGAUAGUUAAUAAAAUCACAGCCCUGGGAUAUACCUACAGGAGUCUCUCAGGCAUUGUCUGAAGAGCAAUAAAAGCUACUUCCCCUCCUUCAUUACUGGCCUUCCUGCCAUGAGGCCAGAAGUAGAGACACUUAUUGAUACUUGUGCAAUGUCCAAUUCCUUGGCAAUUUAAAUGUACAGACAAUGUACAGGAAGAAAUUGAAAAGGGACUACAUUAUUAGCCCUUGCUCUUGUGCUUGCUGCAUUCUAUGAAAGUGCCAUGAAGUACACUUCAGGAGCUUUGCAUUGUCAAUAUCUUUUGAUGAUAGUAUUCCAUUUGUAUUAGAGUAACUGAAAUUACUCUAAUACAAAGUAAGUUUGGCUGGCUGGUGGCGUAGUGACAUCAGCGCUGGACUUCGGAGCAAUUUGGAAUCCAGCCGGCUCCAAAAACCUGGAGAGGGAUGGGCUCCGCUGGGUUUCAGAUGCCCAAGACACGUCGUAUGAUGAGCAAUCACCAAAAAGAUCGGUGGAAAAAGCUUGUCAUGACGGCGCCCUGAUGACUCCACCAGAAGCUAAGGGUGAGCACACUAACUAAAACUAUCCCACAAAUUUGCACUUCUAUAUCCUCACACCAUUUGGUGCACUUCAGCGCAUUUUCAGUGGCAACAUGGCUCUUUUUGACCUUUGCAGGACUAUUCAAUUAAGGCUAACACUAUCACUCUUUCUUACAGCUGUAAUUGUGGCAUUAGUGUUUUUUUUAAAUCAAAUCUCUCAUCUCCUUAUCUAACCUGAGAACCUGUAAUCGAGAAUAUGUAAUUGAUAUUCCUGUCCCGCUUUUCUAAAAAAAACACUAGCAAAUCUACCUGAGAGGAUAUUGGCCCCAACUCUUUUGAUGUAGAAACCCUCUUUCCACCCCCAUCCUCCUCAUCAACUCUCGCCACUCAUUUGCAUCAUCCUAUCUGAUAAAUGGUGCUUGAUGUUACCCACAGAUGUUACCUCUUUCAGGUGCUGUUUAUUUGUCUAUUUACUUAGCCUGCAGGACAGAAUAUUUUGUCUAGAUCUGCUGCUGGUAUUGAUAAGGACUGUCUACUCACCCUCCCUUAACAAUGUUCUGUGGCCUUAUGAUAUUGUGAUAUUGUUGACCUUGGUACCAGUGAUGAAACAUACCACCUGCAAGCUGUGUCUGUGACCACAGAAACACUAUAUUCUAUGUGAACACUGUAUUCAUACUGUUACCAUAGAUCCUGCUCUGCUGUUCAAUAAGAUGAUGGCUAAUGCAGUCUUAACCUAAAUACUUAUAACUAUGAAAUUCCCCAGCUAUCAGUGUUGUGUUGUGAGCUAUUAAAUCUCUCCUGGAUCUGAGUCACGAAUAUUUCUACUGAUGUUAAACUUUAUAUGGUCAAUUUUAAUUUGAGAAUCCAUGGAAUCUCUUCAAAUCUAAAAUUGAACUAAAUAACUAAAGCUAUUAAUACUUCAUGUUUGAAUUAUUUUUAUGAAGAAUUAUUUAUCACCUUUGAUGUAUCCUUCAUAAGAAUGUUCAGUGUCAGUAGUUUUUGUUUUGAUUUUGGUUGAAUCGGGUUGUUAGCCUAUGGAAUGUGUGAUGUAGUUUUAUCCUCCCUCUGACUGUUUCAUUUUGUUAAGUGUAUUUGAUCUAAAAUGUUUGCCCCAUUGUCAGCUAAAGAUUGCUGCAUCGUUGUGCCAUCAACUAAUCUAUGCUACAGAUUUGUAACUUCAGAAAUUCUGGCUCAAUCCUGACCUUGUGCUCUCUUUGUGGAGUCUGCACAUCCUCUCUGUGACUGAGUUUCUUCCUGGCCGUGUGUAGUUUUCUCCCACAGCUUGAAGAUGGCUGGUAGGUUAAUCGGUCACUGUAUAUUAUCCCUUCUGUGUCGUCAAUGUCAAAAGAGAAAUCAAAGGUGAGUAGAUGGGUAAUUAUGUUGUAGGGAUAAAGGGGAGAGGAAAUAACAGGACUAAUGGAUUGUUUCCAUUGCAGUUAUCAUGGACUCAGUGAGCCAAAUGGCCUAUUGAUAGAAGAUUCUUUCCCCUAACACUUCGGUUUCAUUACCAUAUGUACAGCUUCUGUUGUUAAGCAAUGCACCAAACCUGCUAUAGCAGUUUCAGAGUUCUACAAAGGCAUUGUUUCUUUAAUUUUAGUAAAUUAGUUGAUGGCACAGUGAUGCAGCAAUCUUUAGCUGACAAUGGGACAAACAUUUUAAACUACUUAGGCCUUGCUGUACAACUGAAUGUGUUCAUUCAUCUGAAGAUAUAAGAACAAAAAAAGCAGGAGUGGGACGACCAACUAGCUCUCCCCCCCACCCCCGAGCCUUAUCUCUCGCUCUCACCCACCAUACCCCUUUAUUCUUUUGUAUUUCAAAUGGCUGCUGUUUACUGCUUUGAAUAUACUAUAUUCAGUGACUCCAUCUACACAAAAGAAUUUCAAAGAUUUACACCCCUCUGAGAUAAGACACCCUUCUUUAUCUCCAAUUGAUAUGGAGAAUCCUUAUUAUGAAACAGACCUAGUUAUAGAUACCUGCACCACCUAUGAAUUACUUUGCUUACCAUUUGUCAUUUAAUAGAAUAUCUGAUGAAAUAAUGAAUGAAAAGCUGCCAAAAUAUAAAUCCAGACAUCCACAGGUUUCAAUUUUUUUCUGAAUGCAACUAUUUUUUACUGACCUUGGAGUGCAAGAUUUCUAUAAUUAAGGCAUUGUGUCAAAUCUGAAAUGUAUCAUUCCUUGUUAAAUCUUAGUAUUUUAUGUGAACCCUGACUUUUCAUAUUUCAGAAACGAUUUAAAAAUUUUACUUUGUACAAUUGAUGUUCAAUGUACAUAAUAGUUCUAUUGUUGUUAGCUUAUAAAGCUAAUUAAAUGAUA